AGCCUCGUACAGAACAGAAGCAGGGGCGGCUUCAAUCCAAUGGCGAAUCAAUAACCCUAAAGCUAUCAGAAACUAAAUUUGUUCAAAAAAUGUCAUUCAGAACAAUCAUCAAACACCUUCAAUGCAACCGCCGAAGCUUCAUUGAUUCCAUCUCUCUUGCUCGUUUCAACUCCUCCGCCCCCGCCGUGCACCCAUCAAGGCGUCCUUCCAUUUCUCUUCAAUUCCAAAAUGUUCCCCAGCUGCAAGAUCAAGAUCCCUACUCUUACCUCAAAGAAGACCCAAUUGAAAUUUGUUCCUCUAUUUGGGUGAAAGCCUUCGCUUCCCUUCCCAACAGUUCGUUCUCCGAUCUAUCUGGGUUUCUGUCGAAAUUCGAUUUGUGGGUAUUGGCGUAUCAGCGUUCGUGUGCGGACGUGACCGGUAGUUUCCCUCCUCGCAACGCUAUUCAUUCUCAUGUUCUACAAGACCUACUUUCUCUUCGUAACGCUGUCAUCAACGGGAAAUUUUCUUGGAACAGGAAGGCUAAUCCGUUAAUUCGAAGCCCAAAUGACAAGUCUCGGACCCAUCUCAUUUCCAAGCGCAAGCUUCAAGCGAUGCUUGAGUCUGAUGAGCCUUGCUUUCAGGACAGGAUCGUUCAAGAAGUGUUGCUGAAUGUCAUAGAGCCUAUUUUCGAGGCUCGGUUUUCGUCAAAAUCGCACGCAUUUCGGCCGGGCCGGAAUGCUCAUUCUUUCAUUCGAUCCAUUAGAAGCAACUUCGCUGGGUACCUCUGGUUCUUAAAAGCGGAUUUGAGUGAAAUUUUUAGGCAUGUUGAUGAAAAUGUGGUGAUGGGUUCCUUAGAGAAGGCUAUCAAGGACAAAACAAUUUUGCGUUUGGUCAAGUCCGCGCUCCAAUCACCGAAGCAGAAGCGGCCACGAGUUGAAGAUUAUGACGUGAAGAAGAAAAGAAAGGGGGCUACGAAGAAGAAGAAGAUUCUCAAUGUGAAUGAACCCAAACCUGACCCAUAUUGGUUAAGAACAUUCUUCAAUUUCGCACCAGAAGAAGCUGCCAAGGUACCUUCUUAUGGUCACUGUGGAAUUUUGAGUCCUUUACUUGCUAAUGUAUGUCUUAAUGAAUUGGAUAUUGUAAUGGAAGAUAAGAUAAGUGAGUACUUUAGGCCUUCCAAGCUUGAUUCCAUCUGGAGAGACUCCAUUAAUGAUGGCUGUCAUAACCCAGCUUGGCCGGAGUUCGUUCCAGCCAGUGGCAAGGAAAAAACUAGAAAAAUGGAUUACAUACGAUAUGGAGGACAUUUCUUGGUGGGCAUUCGAGGGCCUAGAGAGGAUGCAGUGAGAAUUAGAAAGGAAAUCAUUGAGUUUUGUGAGAGUAUAUUUGGAAUAAGGUUGGAUAAUUCAAAGAUAGAGAUUGAACAUAUUAGCAGAGGAAUUCUAUUCUUAGACCAUGUAAUUUGCCGUAGAAUAAUACACCCUACUCUUAGAUAUACAUCCUCUGGAGGUUCUAUUGUGAGCCAAAAGUGUGUUGGAACUUUGCUUUCUGUUACUGCUAGCUUGGAGCAAUGUAUACGCAAAUUCAGGCGUGUUGAACUCGUUAAGGGAGAUAGAGAUCCCGAGCCUCUGCCUUGCAAUCCAAUGCUGUAUUCAAGUCAAGCUCAUACAAAUUCACAGAUGAAUAAAUUCCUCGAGACCAUGGCUGAUUGGUAUCGAUAUGCUGAUAAUCGAAAGAAAAUUGUUGGGUUUUGUGCGUAUGUUAUACGUAGCUCCUUGGCUAAACUCUAUGCUGCUAGGUAUCGAUUAAAAUCUCGAGCCAAGGUGUAUGGGAUUGCCUUGCGGAAUUUAAGCCGUCCAUUGAUAGAGAGCAGUAAUAAUUCAUCACCCGAGUAUUCUGAUCUUCUGAGAAUGGGACUUGUGGAUGCAAUUGAAGGUGUGCAGUUCUCGCGCAUGUCUAUGAUUCCUUCUUGUGAUUACACUCCCCUCCCUCGAAAUUGGGUCCCACAUCACGAGAACGUUUUGCGAGAAUAUAUCAAGUUACAGGAUCAAGAGUUAUUUUCUGAAUUGCAUAAAGUAGUCAAGAGAAAGGGAUUGAGUUUGCCUCAAGAUGAGAUAUCUGAAAUUGUAUGGGGCUACAAGACCCUCGGUGCUUGCCACUUUAAGGCUAAUGUAGGAAGCGAAAUGGAAGGCGGUUGAAGAAAAAAUGGGAACCAUGUUGCUAAGUUUGCCUUAGAAUACGAACUAAAUCGAAUGUCAGGUUGCUUCCAGAGUUAGUUGGCUGGCACAGAGGCAAUUGACAAGUGAGCUCGGCCCAAUUCUUUCGACAGAGAAGGAAAGCAAGAGACAACGGAGCUCAAUAACAAUGGAAGGGAGAUAAAUGUCUCUGCGUUUUGUGGAAAAAGGGACAACCCAAGUGACAAGAUCUGGUUGUAAGAAGUGAUCAAGAACUUGUCCCUCAACUCCUGUUGUGUUUGUCAGAAAAAGAACUCUGUUUCAGUCGUUGAGUUUACAAUUGUCCCAUCCAUGGGUGGAAGUUUAAGUGAAACUCAUGAACCUCAUCUCUUUUCCAUUCUUUUUUCUGAUUUUGCAUCAUAAUAAUGACCGAGCUAAGAGUUUUCUCUUUUCUUUUGGAGAAUGGAGAUUGACCGAGCUAUGCUCAUGUUGGCGACGACAUCA